GAAAAUUAAACUCACGAAAUUCCGUCGGUUCUACUAUAGUUAUAUGUCGUGUGAAACUGAAGAGCUUCAAAAAACCAGCAUCCCUCCGUUUUCUAGCAUUCCCCAAAAACGCACACAUCUCCCACAAUCGAAUUUGAACUUAGGGUUUUUCCAUCGUUGAAUGAGAUACAUAUCUGAAGAAAUUCCUGUUUAAAUCGAAGAAUAAGGAAGAGGCGGAGAUGCCGCUUUUCGUAUCGGACGAAGAAUACCGGCGGUGCUCGCACGAUGCGGCGCUCUUGACGGAGAAAGCGGACGACUUCAUCCGUGGACUGUACAAUCAAAUAGAGACGGUGAAGGCGGAGGCCGACGCUGCCUCUAUCACUCUCGAGCAGACGUGCGCACUCAACGAACAAAAAUACGUUUCCCUUUCUGCGGAGUACUCGUCUCUCCAGCUACAGAACACCGAGACAAGUGCUUUGCUCGAACAGCGCGAUGCUGAAAUUGCGGGGCUGAAAGUCGAGAAACAGCAAUUUCUGCUUCAAUCUAUUGAAAAGGAUGGGGAGGUAGAGAGGUUGAUGAGGGAAGCAUCAGAGCUUCAUAGAUCGAAGAGGCAGCUGAUGGAGUUGGUGGAACAAAGGGACUUGGAAAUCAACGAGAAAAAUGCUACAAUAAAGAGUUAUCUUGAUAAGAUUGUUAAUUUGACUGAAAACCUUGCAUCAAAAGAUGCACGGAUAAGGGACAUUGAAUCUGAAUUGGGGCGAUUGCAUGCAACAUCCGACCGUUUUUUGCAGGAGAAGGAGCUUCUCGAGAGGCAUAAUUCAUGGCUUAAUGAGGAGUUGACGACUAAGGUUAAUGAUCUGAUCCAGGUCCGGAAGGAAUAUGGAGUAUAUGAGGCUGAUAUGUCUGGCAAACUUGCGGAUGUUGAACACAAAUUGAAGGAGAGUGCCAAUUCUCUAAAAUUUCACAAAGACAAAGCGAGGGAGUUGGAGGAGAAACUUGCAUCGAUCGAAAUAGAGUUGUUGUCAACUAAGGAUGCAGCAGCAGCAGCUGAGCAGCGUUUCUCAGCUGAAAUUUCAACAAUAACCAAACUUGCUGAUUUAUAUAAAGAAAGCUCAGAGGAAUGGUCCAAGAAGGCAGGAGAACUUGAGGGAGUCAUCAAGGCUCUUGAAACUCACUUAAAUCAAGUUGAAACUGAAAGUAAAGAUAAGCUUGAUAAAGAAGUGUCUGCAAGGAAGGAAGUGGAAAAGGAAUAUGCUGAUUUAAAAGAUACGCUACAAAGCUGCCAAACAGAAUUGGAGAAGUUAAAAAGAGGAAAUGAGCUUCAAAACCUUCCUCUGAGUAGUUUUACAACUGGCUUAUUGACAAAUUCAGUUGAUGCUGAUGAAAUGGUUUUGGAUGAUCGAGCAAUUAUUCCUGUAGUUCCUGCCGGAGUUUCUGGAACAGCAUUGGCAGCUUCACUUCUUAGGGAUGGAUGGAGUCUGGGGAAAAUAUAUGCAAAAUAUCAAGAGGCUGUUGAUGCUCUACGGCACGAGCAGUUGGGGAGAAAGCAAUCCCAAGCUAUAUUGGAACGCGUGCUUUAUGAAAUUGAAGAAAAAGCUGGAGUCAUCAUGGAUGAAAGAGAAGAACAUGAAAGACUUGUCGAGGCCUACUCUGCCUUAGAUCAGAAACUGCAGCAGACACUAUCAGGACAUUCCACUCUGCAGAUUACCAUUCAGGAGCUCAAGGCUACGUUAAAGAGGCAGGAGCGUGACUAUGCAGUUGCUCAGAAGGAGAUUGUUGAGCUCCAGCAACAGGUGGCUGUACUGUUAAAGGAGUGUAGAGAUGUCCAGUUGCGUUGUGGAUCAGUUUCCCCUUAUCAAGAUGAUCAGCUCAUUAGUGGGAUUUCUGUGCCAGUGGGUACUGAAUCUAGAGCUGAAAACGUCAUAUUGGACCGCCUGUUGACCUUCAAAGACAUAAAUGGAUUAGUUGAACAGAAUGUCCAGUUGCGCAGUAUUGUACACAAUCUAUCUGAUCAGAUUGAAGAUAGCGGAGCAGAGUUAAAGGAAAAGUAUGAGAAGGAGCUUCAGAUGCAUAAAGAAGAGACAGUGUCUAAAGUUAAAGCAGUGUUGCUGAGGGCAGAGGAACAGGAGCGCAUGAUUGAGUCGCUUCAUACCUCUGUGGCCAUGUACAAGAGGCUCUAUGAAGAGGAGCAAAAACUUCGUGCUUAUCCUACUCACGGGCUUGAAGCAGUUCCAGAGCGAGGAGGCAGGGAGAUUAUACCCGUACAAGAAAAUAGCCAUGAGGCAUCAAGAAAGCAUGAACAUACUUUAGAGCGUCUGAGAAGUCUGGAAGAAGAUUUGGCAAAGUCCAAGAAUGACCUCAUAUCAUUGCGAUCUGAUCGUGAUAGAUUGGAAACGGUAGCAAUGUUUGCAGAAGAAAAACUUGCCAGGUUUAUGAAGGAGUUUGAGCAACAGAGGGAAGAGCAUAAUGGAAUUAGAGCAAGAAAUGUUGAGUUCUCUCAGAUAAUAGUUGACUACCAAAGGAAACUCCGUGAAAGUGCAGAGUCCUUGGAUGCUGCCAAUGAACUGUCUCGCAAGUUGACAAUGGAGGUAUCAAUUUUGAAGCAAGAAAAGGAAAUGCUUCAGAACUCUGAGAAAAGAGCUUCUGAUGAAGUUUGUAGUUUGAGUGAGAGGGUUCAUCGACUUCAGGCCACUUUGGACACCAUGCAGAGUGCAGAGGAAGUGCGUGAGGAGGCUAGAGGUGUUGAGAGGAGAAAACAAGAAGAUUAUGUAAACAAAAUUGAGAGAGAAUGGGCUGAGGCAAAAAGAGAACUUCAGGAACAACGGGAUCUUGUUCGAAGCCUUUCUCUUGAGCAUGGGAGUAGUUUGAAGGAUGCUCAUAAACAAAUUGAUGAAUUGAACAAAGAAUUGGCUAAUUCUUUGCGAUCUGUGGCAAAUGCUAAUUCUAGAGCAGCAAUUGCAGAGGCUCGAUAUUCUGAUCUGGAGAAGAUUAUGGAAUCUACAAGGACAAAGGAUUCUGAUGGUGCUGAUAGUGGACCUUCUUCUUCUUCUUCUGAAAAGAUGCUGGCCAAGUUCAGGGAUGAAAUUGAGAAAUUAAGAGAGGAAGCAGAGGCAAGCAAAAAUCACAUGCUUCAGUACAAGAGCAUCGCUCAAGUAAAUGAAGAAGCCCUCACACAGUUGGAGUUGGCCCAUGAGAAUUUUAAGAAAGAGGCUGAUGAAGUUAAGAGGUCGCUAGAAAACGAGAUUCAUUUGCUCAGGGAGCAUGUUAAUGAACUUGAGAGUGAAUGUAAGCUGAAGACUGAGGAAGCAAUUUCUGCAACUUCUGGGAAAGAAGAGGCUCUUGCUGGUGCUUUAUCUGAGAUUGCUAGUGUGAAGGAUGCGUUUUCUGUAAAAAUAUCACAGAUUGUAGUCAUGGAAUCCCAAAUCUCUACAUUGAAAGAAGACUUGGAGUCGGAGCAUAAGAAAUGGCGAACUGCUCAAGACAACUAUGAGAGACAGGUUAUUCUACAAUCAGAAACUAUUCAAGAGUUGACGAAAACAUCGCAAGCCUUGGAUUCGGCACAAAAAGAAGCAUCUGAGCUCCGUAAAGUGGUAGAUGUGCUAAAGACAGAAAAUGUGGAGUUGAAGUCAAAGUGGGAGACAGAAAAGUUGGCCAUUGAAGUAUAUAGGAAUGAAGCAGACAAGACGUACACUGAAAUUAACGAACUAAACAAGAUUUUGCACAGUCAACUUGAAGCCUUGCACAUUAAGUUGGCUGAGAAGGAAAAGGGAAUAGCUUCUGGAAGCAGUUCUAAGAACCUUGGGGGUGAUGAUGGGUUGCAAAGUGUUGUGAACUAUCUCCGACGGUCGAAGGAAAUAGCUGAAACAGAAAUCUCAUUAUUGAAACAAGAAAAGCAUCGCUUGCAAUCUCAAUUAGAGAGUGCUUUGAAGUCGGCCGAGUCUGCACAAACAUUGCUUCAGGAAGAGCGAGGAAAAUCACGUGCAUCAUUGCUUACAGAUGAAGAAUUUCAAUCUCUUCAACUACAGGUCAGAGAGAUUACAUUACUGCGUGAAAGCAAUGUGCAACUCAGAGAGGAAAACCGGCAUAAUUUUGAAGAAUGCCUGAAACUUCGUGAAGCAUUUCAGAAUGCUAAAAUUGAAAAUGAGAAUUUGGAGAAGCUUCUAAGAGACAGAGACAGAGAGUUAGAAGCAUAUAGAAAAGAAGUUGAAAUUUUGAAGGAAGAAAAAAUGCAUCUUGAAAAGAGAAUUGCCGAGUUGGUACAGAAGUGCAAGGAUGUUGAUGUCAAUGAUUAUAAUCAGUUGAAGGAAUCUUCUAAGCAGAUGCAGAUGAGCUUAGCGGAAAAGGAUAGUCAGCUGGAGGAAGUUAAGAAGCUUUUAUUAGAAAAGCAGGAAACAGUAUCAAUUCUAGAGAGAGACCUAGCUAGAAGCAAAACAGAAGUGAGUGAACGAGAGAACAAGAUUAAUGAAGUCUCACAAACUGAAGCUUCUCAGAAAUCCGAGAUUGAUAAACUUAAGCGGUAUACUGUGCAAGCAAGAAGGAAGGUUGAAAACCUUGCAAAGGAAAAAGAUGAGAUGAGCAAAGAGGUCCAGUCUUUGUCCAAACAAUUAGAGGAGGCUAGGCAAGCCUUGUCCAAACAACUGGAGGAGGCUAAACUUGUAAAACGAAAUACUGUUGAUUCUGGAGGAGAACAGAUGCUGAGAGAAAAGGAGAAAGAUACGAGGAUACAAAUCCUAGAAAGAACAGUAGAGAGGCAAAGAGAUGAUCUGAAGAAAGAAAAAGAAGAUCACCAUAAAGAAAAACAAAAAUUUCUAAAGAUGCGGAAAACAAUAAUCGAGUCUCAUGAAAAUGUCACUCAAGAAAAGAGGAGAAUCACCGACGACCUUACAAAGCAUAAACAAGCUUUGAAAGCUCUUCAAGAUGAAGUGGAAAGAAUAAAGAACCCUGGAGGCAGUCAAUCGGAAAGUGCAUCUAGUAAUAUAUUGGAUGAUUUUGCUUCUGCCUAUUUCCUGGCUGUAGAUAAUUUUGAACAAUUGGCACAGCCAGCUUUUGGUGUCCCUGACUCUACCACGACAGAUGCUCCACCUCUUGAUAAUGCAACAUCUGUUGCAGUUCCCACCGGUCAAGCAGUUGCAGUGUCCACCGGUCAAGCAGUACCAUCGUCUCAAACCCCUGAACCUCCUGCUGCCAGUGUUCCUGCAGCAAGAGCUGAGGAGAAAGAGAAAAGACCUGUGUUAACAAAAGCAAACCUUAAAAUGGGAAGGAAGCUGGUUCGUCCUAAUAUUACAAAGCCUAAGGAACCUCAAGGUGAUGUGGAGAUGACAGAAGGAGAUGAAUCUAAUACUGGAUUACCAUCCCAGAGUGUGGAGAUUCAGGGAACUGCAGGUGCUCCCACAACAGCAUCUGCACGUAAACGAAUGCAAGAUGAGAUGCUCACUACAGAAGAGACUACCUCUGAUGUCCCAGCACCGUUGCAUAAAAAGUCAAAAGCUCCAGAUAGCCUACAGGUGGGAGGUGACGAACUAGCUGCUCCUCCCACAAAGCUACCUGAAGCUGUCAUCACUGAAGAAUCAUCAGAUGAUAUGGGAAACCUUCAGCAAAUUAAGGAAGAAGUUGUUGAAAAGGAUGAGCUUGACACUGGAGAAGAUCAAUCUGUAGAACCAUUAGCAGAUGAAGAGUUCAGUGAACCAGUUGAUGCUGCAGAUGAAAAAUUGGAGAAACCAAGCGACUCUAUGCUAUCUGAUGAUCAACUGAGAGAUCAAACCGAACUAGAUAUUCAACGCAUAGUUGCAGAGUCAGGUGGUGAGAAAGAAGAGGGAGAGGUGGUUGGUGAUUUUGCUGAUAAUGAUGGUGAUAGCAGCACAAUCAAUGAGACAGGAGGACCAGGAAAUGGAGAAUUACAAGGCGAACAAUCAACGGACCCUGAGAAAUCACCUAGUAUUGAACCAUUGGGCUUGGAAGCUGGGGAGAUUGAUACAUCUGAUACACUAGAGGAAGAGAAGAUAGGUGACUUAAAUGAGACCAUAACUGACAGUUCUGAUAAGCUUAUCCAUGGUGCAGAUUCUAGUGCAGAAACCGAUAGGGCACCUGGUUCAUCCAAUCCUCCCUCUGAGGAAGCAUCAACCAGCACUACUGUUGCUAUUGUUGAUGUUGGAUCUUCGGUUCAACCUGGAUCGACUCCCCCUCAGGACAGUGGUGCAAAACCUGUGUCACCUCUUAACAGUGGUGGAUCAACUCCCCCACAGGACAGUGGUGCAAAGCCUGUGUCACCUCUGAACAGUGGUGCAACAACUAUUAAUCUACAGGAGAGAGCAAGGCAGCGAGCACACUUGAGGCAGGCUGGCAUGGGAGGGGUUACUUCUUCACCAAGCAGAGCUCGUGGCCGAACAGUUCGUGGUCGUGGUGUACGUGGACGCACUGGACGUGGGCAAUCCCCUGGUUAAGGAUGUAAACGCAUUGAUGCUUUUCAUACGAUGUUCAUGGUUCUGAAGUAUCUGAGCAGCUAGUAGUUUACAUUUCAUCCAACUGGCGAUAGUUUUUUGAUAUCGACUGAUGUGUUUUGAUUGCGUCCAUGAUGUUUGGACAAUUUUCUCGAAUUUAUUUACUAGGAAAUCUUGUUGAUAUGCACGUAACUUUAUUUACAUGAUUUUCUUGAGUUCGUACAUUAAAAUAUAAAUCUGCAUGGAUGUGCAUCGCGUUUUUUUGUCA